CGAGCUAUGAUGGGCUGGCUUUUAGCAAACAAGGCAUACAGAAAGGCCAAUCGGGCCUCCUAUCCUGCAAGGCCACACAGCAAGCAACAAGACACCGCCACUGGCCUCGUGGAAGCCUUGUUCCCUUCAGCUUAUCAGUGGGAGACGAGAGAGAGAGACAGAGAGAAGAGAAGCAAAGCAAAAGCAAAGGCUUCCCGAUCCGCCACCGCCCGCCGGCGACACACCGCGCCAGAGAUGGCGGCGUCACUUGUGUCCUUGCUUACGGCGCCCCUCAUCUCCGCGGUCCUUGGUGGCGCCAUCGCCCUCGUCUUCCUCGCCGGCUACCUCCGCCGCAAGCGCGCCGCCAUCGCCCACAUCCCUCCCUCCGCCACCGCCGCCGCCCCCGACCAGCCGAAGCACGUCCGCCCCUCCAACCAGGCACACCACAAGAAGGGCCAUGCCCGCCCGCAUCACAACGCCGCCGAUAAGGAUGCUGCCAAGAAGCACCACCAUCUUGAUGUCAACACCUUGAGGGGGCACACUGACUCAGUCACUGCACUUCACUUCUCCAACGAUGGUGCCAACCUAGCCACCGUGUGUGCGGAUGGAGCUGUAAGGGUAUUCAGGAUCGAUGAUACCUCAAGCAAGAGCUUCAAGAUUCUGAGGAUAAACUUGCCUGCUGGAGCACAUCCUACUGGUGUUGCUUUCUCAGAGGGCUCUUCAUCUGUUGUUGUGGCAGCACAGGCUCUUCUGGGCUCAUCUCUCUAUAUGUAUGCGGAUGUCAGUGCUCCUCCAACGGCCCAAAACAAGCAGCAGGGCAAGCUGUCUCCACCCGAGAUCAAGUGGAGUCACCAAAAGAUUCAUGGAAAGGAAUCAGUGCUCAACCUUGCAGCAGCCCGUGCAACUCAUGGGCCCGGAGAUGGGAGCACUAUAAUUAUUUCGUGCUCAGAAGCAACCGAUAUCAAAGUUUGGCAUGGGAAGAGUGGAAAGGAGUUGGGUACUGUUGACACCAAUCAGCUAAAAAAUAAUAUGGCUGACAUAUCCCCAAAUGGCCGCUUCAUAGCCGCUGCAGCUUUUACUGCUGAUGUCAAGGUGUGGGAGAUAGUUUACUCAAAGGACAGUUCAGUGAAAGAGGUUAAUAAAGUCAUGCAACUCAUGGGUCACAAGAGCGCUGUUACUAGCUUGUGCUUUGCCCCAAAUUCUGAGCAAAUUAUCACUGCAUCCAAAGAUGGUUCCAUUCGAGUAUGGAACAUUAAUGUAAGGUAUCACCUUGAUGAGGAUCCAAAAACCUUAAGAGUGCUAUCAAUUCCACUGCAUGACUCAAAAGGUUCAGUUUGCCAAUAUGACCACAUGAGCAUCUCUCCUGAUGGUAAAAUUUUGGCUGUAACAAGCGGAUCGACGUUGCAAUGGUUGUGUGUGGAAACUGGUGCAGUUUUGGAUACAGCUGAGAAAGCUCAUGAAGGUGAUAUAACUGGCAUUGCUUGGGCUCCGCGAACAAUUCUCAAUGGUGGCGUGCCUGCGUUUAUUUUGGGGAGUGCUGGUGUGGACAAGAAGGUGAAACUUUGGUUAGCUCCAGAGGCUGGUUCAACAUGAGUGAUGGAGGACUGAAUGAUGGUCAUCCUCUAUGCGACACAGCAUUUCCUAACCAAAGGCACGGAAAGAAAGGAAACAAAAAUAAUCUGAAAACAAGGGAAGGCCUUGAUUUGUACUGAAGAAUAGUUUUGCUCCUUGAGCUUGAGAGUACUGAGGCCUGUGGCUGAUUGGAGUGUGUAGCAUGGAGAGUGCGCACGUCCCAGAGAGGCAGUAGUUUUCACUAUCGAUUGUGCCAGGUUUUUGAAAUAAACUAAAUGCUGUCUGCAAUUUUCUUUUUUUCUUUUUACUGGGAAUGGACCGACAUGUGCCUUGAAUGCCAAUAUGGUUAUAUUAUGAAGAAAAAUACUCUGAGAUCGAAUUGAAGGUGCAAAUCUUUUGUAAAACAAACAAUAUGGUCUGUUAAGUGCUUCCGAGUCAAGGGUCCCUCAGCUCGGAGACCAAUCAACCAUGAGAGCGAUCAAAUUCUGUUUGCAA